CAGUGUGAAAAUUUUUACUAGGAAGGGUGGUUGGAUAGUUUGCAUGCCGAUUCCGAUUGAGGAGAAAAACGCAAACAAAUUAAGAAUUAUAUUUUUCUUUGUCUCCUUGCAAAAAUAAUUCAUCUUUGCCGUUCUUACUUUUUAAGCACAAACUCCAAAAUAAAUCUCAAGACGAUGAAAAAGUGAAAGUGAAGCCAAUAAAAUACCAAAAGAAUGGAAAAGGAAAAAGACCGAGUAGAAAUCAAAUUAAACAGCCCAAAUAAUUCUUAUUUUAGUGGGCAAGAAAUAAGCGGACAAAUAUGCUUCUUCCUCACUAAGAAAACAAAGAUUCGUGCAAUCAAUCUUCAAGUAUGCGCCAAGGGAAAAUGCAAAUGGAUGGAAAUGUUCCACAAAGACUCGUACGGCAAUGUAAAUACGCGGCAUGUCUUUUAUACUGGCAAAGAGGUGUUUCUUAACGACAACAUCGAGGUUCCUUAUGUCCCUCCUCGGGGAAUUGAAUUAUCUCCAGGUGAUGUUGCAAUGGAUUUCACAUAUACGCUUCCCAAAUUUCUGCCCUCAUCAUUCAAAGGCUCAUAUGGGUCCAUAAAGUAUAAACUAAAAGUUGUCAUUCAAAAACCAUGGACGUUCGAUGAGAAGUACACGAUUCCAUUGACUAUCGUAAGGUACAGCGUAAGCCCACCAAUAACUCGAAUAAAUCCACCCCAACCGCAAAUUUGUCAGACUACGCGUAAUGUAAGUGUGUUUGGUAGCGGUCCAAUAUCAUUGGUUGCUGAGCUUCCUAAAAGUUUUGUUGUAAGAAAUGAAAAAAUAACCCUCCUAGUAACUGUUGAUAAUCGUAGUGGUAUCCAUGUGGAUAAACUUCGAUUUACUAUUGUUCAGAGAAUCUAUUAUAGUAGUACGAGACCCUUGAUAAAUACAAAACUUGAAGAAGUUAUUUUAUUUACUAAGGAAACGGGAGGAGUUGAGAAAAAAUCAGAACGUACAUUUGCUCACGAUUUGUUGUUUCCCGCGUGUCCUCCUACAAACGCAACAAGAAUAUUUAAUAUUGUUUACAUCAUCAAUGUGGAAGCCAUACUGCCAGCUUUUUAUAAAAAUCUCUCAGUGUCCUUCGAAUGUCAUGUAUAUUCGGGAGAUGGAAGUUUGGAGCCGGGAAAUCCAUUUGAAGAAGACGAUGUCCCAACUGGCGUUGGUAUUUUCCCAGUCAGCAAUCGUUUAAGUUCAUUUAUUAGCACAAAUAGUCCUACACACUCGCACUCGCUCAACGAAAGUGAAAGCAGCUCAUUAUAUUCAACUACCUCGGAGUCAUCAACGGCAACGCUCAGUCCAGCACCCAGACCACCCAUUGAUAGUGACACCAUAAGUCGAGAAUCGAUGAGAAAUAGUUUCCGCAGUUCCAUGGGAUAUAUUCAUCCGAAUAUUGCCAGGCAACCGAACGCUCUUCCAUAUCCAUCCGAAGAACAUCCAAUGUUAGCCGAGUUAGUAAACGAAAUACAUGAUCCACCACCGAUGAACAGUUCAUAUCCUCCUCCAAAUAUACCUACAUUGCCGCACUAUCUUCAAUCGUCGGUUCAUUUUCAAGUUCAAGCCAGAUAUCCAAUAAAUGAAUUACCACCAUCAUAUGAGGAACUUUUUGGGAGAGCACGAUCAAAGUCACCCACAGCGCCAUCUCCAGAAACACCAAAAGUUAAACCAAUAAACAAGAUUAUAAUGGGUCUUAAAGGGUGUGAAAUUCAAUUGGACAAUCCAUGGAAUACUUAUUACGCUGGCCAGACCAUCAAUGGACAAGUUAAUUUAACAUUCGAUUCGCCGAAGAAAGUCAGAGGAAUCAUUAUUCGUUUCCUCGGGGAAGCCAAUACGGAGUGGUCAGAAUCGAAACGUGUUACAAACAGCGAAGGCAAAGAUGAGGAAGAAACUGAAAACCUUACUGGUCAUGAAGAAUACUUCCAAAUUCAGUAUUAUCUUUUGGGAGGCAAGAACAGUUCGGAAACUGAACUACCAAGCGGUACUCACACUUACCCAUUCACAUGCGCCUUGCCACCAACUUUGCCAUCCUCAUUCGAGGGUGAAUUUGGUCACGUUCGUUACACCAUCAAAGUAACUCUUGAUCGCCCAUGGAAGUUCGAUCAGGAUAUGAAAAUGGCAUUUACUGUUGUCUCGCCUAUUGAUUUGAAUCUGAAUCCUAGAGUUAAGGAACCUUUUAAACUUGAGUUAGAAAAAUCUUUCUGUUGUUUCUGUUGCCGCUCAGGCCCACUGGCUGUUGUUGUCAAUCUUCCAGUGACAGGUUUUGUUUCUGGUCAAAUAAUACCAAUUACUUGCGAAUGCGAUAACGCUAGCAAUGUUAGUAUUUCACUUGUCAAAUUCAUAUUCCGCAAAGUUGUUGCUUUCCAUACAACUCAACCCCGUCGUGAAACCAAGAAGGAUAAGAUAACAAUAUCUGAAUUGAGUGUAGGACCUGUUGGUGCAUCUGAAUCAAGAACCUGGACUCAGCAAUUAGAAAUCCCACCUCUGCCUCCAUCCAAUUUGCUAAAUUGUGGACUUAUCGAUUUGGACUAUCAAUUACAUGUGGAAGUAGAUGUUAGUGGGCCGCAUAGAAACCUAACCGGUAAUAUUCCUAUAACCUUGGGAACUAUUCCAUUGGCUUCCUUUAAAUCACCAGCACCUUAUACAGAUGUGCCAGCACCAGAAGAUCCAUCAAUGGCUCCUACACAACCGGUUAGCCCAGCUAGUCCACCAAAUGGUGCUGGCGGGGCUUUGGGGUGGAAUAUGGCAGAUAGCGCUGGAGGACAGCUUUAUCCUAAUAUUCCCCCGCCUCAAUUCUCGGAGAGUCAAUUUAAAGCAACAACACUACAGAAUAAGGAAGAUUCUGAACACACUCAACUUCUUGAUACUAACUUUGCUCCAAGGUAUCCAACGUUCCAGUUUAAUCCAAGUGCUCCACCAUCUAGUUUCUAAAGUAUGCUAUCAAAUGGUAUCUAAAAAAAAACACAAACGAAAAACAGAACAAAAAUACAACGCACAAAAGACGUGUCUAAUUAUUACUAAAGUAAAACACUUUUUUUUUAAAUUAAACUAAAAAUACAAAAUGUAAAAAACAUCGACAUAUUUGUCAGUGCUUCUUUAAUUUUUUUUAUGAAUAGGUGCUGUGAUCGGAAUUGUCAUCACAUUUUAAUUUACAUAAAUAUUUAUACAUAUAUAUUUUUUUAUACAAAAUGAAAAGAAAUAUAAUACAUACAUAUUU